GAGGCACUCUUCCUUUUCUGUGAUAGCUGCUUCAGUGGCCAGCCACGGAUCGCAUCGGAGAGAAAGAUCCCAGGAAUUUCAGUCUUGCAGUGAUGAUGUUGAUGAAACUUUUACGAGGUCUUGGUGCCUGUUUCACAGACAGAAACAAGGAAAACGUCAGCACUGGAAAUACUUCUUCUAUCCCUACCAGAGGUUCAGCAGCCAACUUACUUCUGUCGUUAGGGCAGACGUCCCCGUGCCAGAUUUCUAACCCAGGACGAUGUUAUCAAAGUGCAGGUGAGUGGCAUUGGAGCUCAGGAUAGCUCAGGAAUGUGGCGAAGAUAUCAUGAGCCUCAUUUUUGCCCGCCGCGCUUUCGCCCGACCACACUGGAGCUGUGGAGCAAGACAGGUUGGAGUCGACUCCAUUUCAGCUUGGCUUGGACAAUUCAUUCAGGGAGACUGUGGGCUAUUUGUUCCAGCUACAGUACAUUAGUGAAAUGGAAGUGACUUAUCCUGCUGACAACGUGGAUGAUCCUAUGAAGCUAGGGUUGACGGACCUCUUGAACUUUCAAGAAGACAUGCAAACCAACAAACAGCUCCAACGAGCGCAUCUCUCCACCUUGCUGCUUCUUGCACAAACCUGGUUUUUGCAGCUCUACACCUAUUGGUUGAAAGAUAUGGAUUCAAAGAAUGGCUCAAACUCGAGUCCUAUUCAAAUGCGUGUUGCUAUACUGCAAAGUUUUCAUGAAUGUUCCCGUACAUGCCAGCAAAUUCAGCACACCUUGAGCCUCAGCACCUAUGAUGGAGUCUUAUAUGAAGAAGUCCUGCUCGCGAAAGUAAACUUUCACAGAUUGCUUCUGUAACUUGACUCGUGGCCAUAGACAGGAGAAAGAGACCCACAGUCAGAUCAGGCCUCGUUUGGAUACAAAGAGACCCAAAGAAUUGCUCGCAUAUACAGUCAGAAUAUGUCAGAGUUGUGCAACUCUUGGGAUCUCAGAGACUCUGGGAGAGCGGAAAUCCGAGUCUUUUGUCCCUCACAUUGGUGCUUCACAGCGAUCGAAAAGGAUGACGCCAUGACGCUGAAAAAGAUUGAGAGAGAAGUUUUCGACAAUGAAGACCGUGUCUUCACACAGACGAUAUCGAUGCACGGCUUCGCGUGAAGUAUCGUGAAGUUUAGCUGUUUGUUUCAUGGAGUAUGGUUCUACCUUCACUUGAAAUAUCGUCCAGAGCUUGGUUCGACACUGCCUCCCAGUGAAUCUGUAGCGAGAUUUGUUAGCUUUGAGACGAGCAUCAAAGGUGCUGUUGAUCGCUUGGAGACAGCUGUAUUGCAGAGUUGGAAGGAUAGCAAGAAUGAUGUGUGGUCCUUUUGGCGGCUCGAUGUGGUUCGUUUGCAGCAAAAAUGCUGCCAAUUGAGUGAGCUGUUGCAAGCUGCAGCUCAAAAGCCAACCUGCGGCGACCGAACUGACGAGGUGACGCUCCUCAAAGAAGUCAGCCAAAAACUUCGUGUUUCUCUCAUGUACAUGGAAGCACAGGACGAAUAGGAAGCAUACGAAGCAUGUGGAAGCCAAUGAAGGAGAUACGGGUUGUCUCUAGAGCCAGUCCAAUUGUGGGUAAGGUGAAGAGACCAGCCUAAAAAGAUUGGUGCCAUGUGUUCCGCGGUGUCUUGGGUUGAAAUUGCCCAUGACCCUGACAAAAGACCUAACCUCAGUGGCGACCUCGUUGGAAAGCACAAUUGGCUGCUUUGAGUGUGGCUUUUGCUGCUGGGAUCUCCAAAAGGCAGUAGCAUUUCUGCGGCAUCACAAUAGGCCUGUAAUUCGACUGGGCAAGUUGGGC